AUGCAUGACUCAGAAAACGCCAAUUUUGAUGUCUUUCGUGAUUGUCUAUUCUCAGCCAUUGUAGAGAAAUCCUCGGGCGGCGCCCAUGCCCGCAAAAGCUCCAGACGCAGCUCUCUCCGGAAAAAGAACACCGCUCCUGAGACCUCGUUAACAGGCUCUGAGCCCUCUGAGCUGGUCGAAUUUGCAGAUUAUCUGGCAGCUGAAGUCUUUGAGAGCCUCCCGGACGAGCUUCAGAGCCUUUCCCACCAUGCCAUACAGAACGAUGUUGCCCUGUCGGACGAAUGGUCUUUGCCCCUGACCUUGUCUGUGCUGGAGGAAGUCGCAGCACGCAUGCCUGGGGAGGUCAACGAUAGCCUGACGGCAUAUGGGCUGAUUGAGCCACCCAAAACGGACCUCCAGUCCUUCAUUGCCCCAGUUCUGUCUGCGUACAUCGCUGCCGUUACAACACAGCCCCCCAAAUGGGUCGAAACCAGGACAAAUGCGUGCGAGAUCUGCGACCGGGACUGGGUACCGUUGACUUACCAUCAUCUGAUACCCAAACAGGUACAUGCCAAAGUUCUGAAAAGAGGCUGGCAUGAAGAACGCCACCUGAACAGUGUUGCAUGGUUAUGCCGUGCCUGCCACAGUUUCGUCCACCAGAUGGCCUCGAACGAGGAGCUAGCUCGCAAGUGGUACACCGUCGAGCUGAUUUGUUCGAGGGAAGACGUUGAGAAAUGGGCAGAAUGGGUGGGUCGGGUACGGUGGAAGAAGCGAUGA